CGGAGCCCCGAGAGCGGCGGGAGGAACAGGCCCGAACCGGAGCCCCGAGAGCGGCGGGAGGAACAGGCCCGAACCGGAGCCCCGAGAGCGGCGGGAGGAACAGGCCCGAACCGGAGCCCCGAGAGCGGCGGGAGGAACAGGCCCGAACCGGAGCCCCGAGAGCGGCGGGAGGAACAGGCCCGACCCGGAGCCCCCGAGAGCGGCGGGAGGAACAGGUUCAUCCUGGGCCCCGACAACGGGCGGCGGCCGAGGCCGUGCCUGGAGACCGGUUCGAUGGGGAAGAAAACGCGAAUCAACCUGCAGCAGAGCCGGCGGCGGCCCAUCCUGCAGCUGGAGUCCGGCCACAAGAAGGAGGACCGCGGCUCGGGCUCGGGCUCGGACGAUGAGCAAGAAGAUGGGUCAGAACAAUCAUUUGUUAACUCGAGUUCAAACAAUGCAAAUAACGGGACAGCAAAAGAUACUGCGGUCCGGACCACAGGUGGUUUGGUCUUGCUUGGAGCUUACACGGACAGUGACGAUGAGGACAGUGCUGAUACCGAGCCACAGGAGGUGGAGCCACGGCCCAGUAAGCCUGCAGACAUCGACAGCACGUUGGCAAACUUCAUGGCGGAGAUUGAUGCAAUUACAGCACCUCUGCCCGUUUCUGAGUCGGCUGCUUCCACUGAGGCACCAGCCCCGGCACCCACACCUCCACGGCCAGAACCAAAACCUUUACUGAAUGCUCAGAAAGCUACAAACAACCAUGUUGACAGUGAAGUGAAUGCCAUGGUGGUGAGCGGUAAUAUGGCAGCUGAUUGGCACUACGAUACACAGUAUUCGCUGGCUGGAGUUAACGUGGAGAUGGGUGACUGGCAGGAGGUGUGGGAUGAGAACACAGGCUGUUACUACUACUGGAACAUUCAAACCAAUGAAGUGACAUGGGAACUACCCCAGUACCUGGCCACUCAGCUUCAAGGACUCCAUUACCAGGGCAGCUCCAUGGUCCUGUCUGCUGGUGAAGUGGAGAGCAGUUACCAACACGUGGGUGUCUAUCACCAUGACCAAACUCUGGCAAAGCCUGAUGGCAGAAACCUGAAGAAGAAGGAAGUUAACGAAAGUGUGUUUGCACUGACCGGUGAGAAGGAGGAACGGUCGGGCGUCGCUGCAUCUUUGCUGGCUCCACUCAUCCCCGAGGAGGUGAAGAAAGCCGAGGAAAAGUGGCGGAAGAAAUUGAUCUGCCAGGAGGGACCCCAGCAGCAGCAGCAGCAGCAGGAGGAGGAGGAGGAGGAGGAGGAGGAGAAUGCUGGUGGGGACACUGUGCACGUGGAGGAAGCCCCUCAGGACGAUCGGCAGAGCUCGAACCUUUCCCAGGAGAGUGUGGAGGAUGAAGAGGGGGUGGAGAAAGAGGAGGAGGAGUAUACGCGGGAGCUGGAGCUGGUGCUGGAGAGAAAGAAGGCAGAGCUGCGUGCACUGGAGGAGGGUGACGCCAGUGGGUCGAGUCCACGGUCUGACUGCAGCCAGGUUACGCAGCAGGAUGGGCAGAUGUCUGAGAGCAGUAAACAUGUCCACAGGAAAGGGAAAUGGCAGGCGCUUGCUCGCACCUUCAGUCCUGACUCUGCUGGCCGUGUUUUAAAUAACCCGGAAAAGGACACUGCCCUGGAGGGAGUGCAGCCUGCAGAACCUGCUCCUGAAAAACCAAGCAUUGAUCCUGAAGGAGGUGACGUGGACCUUGAAGGGUCAGCAGAAAAGGCAGUGGCUGCACCGAAACCACCUCCAGAAGAAGAGGACGAUGAGAGUGAACUGAAGUUUCAGAUUGCUGAACUGGCAAACACUCUCUCCAGUAAACUGGAAUUCCUGGGAAUUAGCAGACAGUCUAUCUCCAACUUUCACUUCCUGCUGCUCCAGAUCGAGACUCGAAUAUCAGACUGGCGAGAAGGGGCACUGAAUGGCCAAUAUCUCAAACGUAAACUGCAGGAAGCUGAUUUACAGAUUAAACACUAUGAAUCUAAUGCAUCCCCAAAAGGCUGGUCCUGCCAUUGGGACAGGGAGCACCGGCGCUAUUUCUAUCUCAAUGAACAGACGGGCCAAUCUCAGUGGGAGUUCCCAGACGUGGACGAGGAGGAGGAGGCAGCCGAGUGCGCUUCGAGGCUGGCUGUUGGCAAAAACAUGCUCAGCGCCCCAGUGAGAGAAGCUGCAGGUGCGACUGGUGCCCCUGCAGAUCCCACGCACGCGGAGCUGUCCGCCGGCCAAGCUUCUGCAGGAGCCGCCCCCCAGCCGCCCCUCCCCCCUCUUCCCCCUCAACCCCCCCUCCCCUUGGAUCUCCCUCCCCCACCCCCACCCCCGCCCUCCUCCCCUCCACCCCCGCCCCCCCCUCCUCCCCCUCCCAGUGAUGACGGAGACAUCCAAGAAGUGGAGAUGGAAGUCGAGAGCAAGGAGCCGCCGGCGCCAGGAACGGAGGAAGAUUGCUUGGAAAGACCCCUUCUCCCCAUCGUCCCAGUUACAACCGUCCAACCUCCAGUGGUGAAAACGGUUAACCCUGUCUCGAGCACGCCUUCGAAUCCACCGGCCCCAGGUCCGGCAGCCAAACCCGUCAAGAGGAAAGCGGCUGUGCUGACUUCCACUGCGAUGCCGCGCACCGUCACCAUCGGGAGCAGUCCUGUCCUCUACAGUCAGUCGGCCAUGGUCGCAGCUGCAGGUCCGCAGAUGCUGGCCACGAUGAUGUCCGUCCCUCCCGUGCACCAGGCCGUGCCUGCCCCGAGGCCCCUUCUACUACCCCGGCCGGCCCACGUGGUGCAGAUACCACACCCCAUGCCGCAACACCAGAUACCAAUCGCGCAAGUUAUUCCGCAGCCCCCGCACGUGCCAGAGGUACUCCCGGCUGCUGCAGUGGCUCAAGCAACGGAGAAGAGCAGGAAGGUGAAGAAAGACAAGAAUAAGAAGAGCAAAACGAAGAUGCCAUCAUUGGUGAAAAAGUGGCAGAGCAUUCAACGGGAGCUGGACGAGGAUGAGCACUCGAGCUCCAGUGAAGACGAGCAGAGAGCAAUUCUGGCGCACAAGCGGAUUGAGGAGUGGAAGCAGCAGCAGCUGAUCAGUGGUCAAGCUGAGAAAAACGCCAACUUUGAAGCACUGCCAGAAGACUGGCGGGAGAGACUGAAGCGGAGGAAAAUGACCUCAAACUCCUAACACUCUGAGUUUUAUACUGUGUAAACUAUUUUUCUACCUUUAUACAGAACUGUUUAUAUUUGUGUAAAUCACUGUGACUGAGUUAGAUAGUGGGUCUGUGAGCAGUUUGGUGCAUGAGCAUAUUUGGUGGAUUGUAUACUGCUUUCAAUUUUCUAGUAUUGAGCUAUGAAAAAUUUCCAUGUAAUAAAAUGAUGUGCAUCCAGGUUGUGAACUAAUGGUGCCCAUUUGCAGUUUCAUAUGUGCUGUACAUUUGUAUAUAACAAUAAACUGGUUUUUUUU